AUGCUGGGUGUGAUCCAGCUCCAGAGUGACUUGGCACUGCCUGCCGAGUGGCAAUCACCUUGUUUUGCGGUGGACGAAGAGGAUAUUCAUGGUGCUGGUUCAGAUUCAUCGCGACAACUGCUUGUAGAUGAUGAGAGAGAAGAUUAUAAGGACAUCUUCAAGGUAAAAGACAAGAAAGACAAAGAUGUUCUUGAAACGGUCACGACGGUUGGUUCAUCUCGGCAACUGACAACUGCAACGAAUGAUGAGGCACCCUUUCGACGCGCAGUGUUCGAUGCGACAACGUAUUGUACCAGUCUUUCCGCUGACAAGUGUGGCGACACGGAUGUGAGCAGCACCUUGUGUGAGCAAGUACCAAUGCUAGACUCUUCUGCUUCAUCGCCUUCUUCCUCAACAACGACUUCGACUUCUUCAUCCGAUUCCGAAGUAAAAGAUGGAGAAUCAGAAUCUUCCGAAAACAAGGACGCGGCUUCAACAACAACUACUACGGCUGCGCCAAUCUCAACAUCCCCCUUCUGUGUUGCGAAG